GGCCCAACAGGGUCUCCCCCUUUAAUUCCCUUCAUUUCUGCCCCAGCAAACAAAUUAAAUGGCCGUUCACAUUACCAUCCAAGCCAAACAGUAGCAGCAGCAAAAACAGACGAAAUGAAGACAUGGAAAACGAAAGAAAAAAUAAGCUGGACGUGUAUCUCCUAUUCUGCUUAUGAAAUAAUGUUUUUACAAAUGGCAUAUAAUAUUUUUAUCAAUCAAUUUAUUCAAACUAUUGUGAUGAGUCGAAUUGUCCGCCAACUAGGCUACCAUAGUUGUUCAGGCUCCCAAGUUCCAUCCAAUCUAAUUUGGUAAUUCAACACAUUGCCCGCCCACUUAACAUCCCUUUUUCUCGCUCCUUAUUUUUGUUGAUACAGAUAUGCUGAGUUUAUUUGUUUGCCUCUUUAGUGUAGACUAAACGGGUAGGCAUAAAUUUACAUUCCCUAGUGGACUUUUCACAAGUUUUCUUCUGAUGUCGAUGAAUCUGUGUUGAGGAGGACAGUGAGCUAGGUAUUUGAAACAGUACUGAGGAGGGGCUCAGAAGUCAGAAAUGGCGCAAGCAAAUAGAAAUAACAGCAAUCUCUCAGCUCCUAGUGUGAAUGCAAACAAGUUCAAGGUUCAGGUGGGGGUAGUGUCUCACCUUCUGAUUGCAGUCGUCUUCAUUCUCUCAAUGAUGGGAACAGCUACAGCAGAGGAAGUGAGGCUAAAGGAGGUGCUGUCGUGGCCCUAUCAAAUGGGGGGAGGUGCUGCUCAGCCAAAUGACCACGCCUCCUGUGGAGUGUCAGCCGACUUCACUCUGAAACUGUUCGCCUCCUACCACAUCACCGACGCCACAUUCGAAAAGGGAGAAACCAACGUGAACUUCACACCUCAACAGGCCACUCAUGUAACUGGACAAUGCUACAAGGACAAGAACAUGACCAAACUGAAGAUUACUUGGCACAAGGGAAAAGAGUACAUACUCGAGAUGGAUAUCUACUCCACGGAGAAGGAUUGGAGGGUUGAGAAAAUGUGGUUCACUUUGGAUUUGGGAGACGAACAAGUGUUUCCCAACGCUGAUUUGAAAGCAACAGACGCUGUGCAGAGAUGUAAUUCAAAAUCUGGAGGGAGGUCAAUGUUGGAAUCUGCAGUGCAUACUGCAUACAGCUGUCGCGCUGCUGGCUACUACUUCACCUGUCCUGUAGUGUACCUGCUUCUUAGGUUUGAGAAUGUAAGACUGUUUCCAGUGGAAGAUGGUGGCGAGAGUGAAGACGGAUCAGUGCCAGCAUUGAUUCCUGUGCAUCAUUGUCAGCUGGACAGUCUGCCCCCCCGUCUCUACUCCACCAGCCCCACUCACGCUGCAUUGUCAGUGUGUGUGGCGGCUGUUUGUGCAGUGGGGGUUCUAGUGGGACUGGUGGCGUGGAUUGUUUGUGGGAGGAUGAAGAGACACCUGCUCCUCACCACUACAGGCGGCUACGAAGACUUCCCUCAACAGGACACGUAGCAUGGGCGGAUCUAGGAUUUUCUCUGGGGUUGACCAAGCUAUGGCUAUCUUACUGGAGCUCACCUUACAAAUUGCAGCGCACGUGCGAUUUAUACUCGCAAUCAUCUGAUUGCUGGGCAACAUCACUACCGAUGCGUCACAAUGCCACAUUUUUUGUCGACCUUUUUUCAGAUCGACCAAAUUGAUUUCCGAGGAGUUCUACCAAAGCACUUAAAAGACCCUGUUUUGGCCGAACUUUUCGCGCCGCAUGCAAAUUUUGAAAAAACGGGCCAAAAAAGCCU